AUGUAUUUGUAUGGAACUGAUUUUACAUUGUUGACAGACCAUAAGCCCCUGGAGUGCAUAUAUUCAACUAAGUCUACGGGUAGAGCAAGUGCAAGGAUUCAUCGAUGGGUUCUAAGACUUCAGUCAUAUAAGUUCAAAGUAAAGUACAUCGCUGGGAAGGACAACAUAGCGGACAGUCUAUCACGACUUCUUUGUAUAAAGCUAGAUAACUUGCAGAGUCAGCCUACCAAUGAAAGCGAGAAGUACAUUAGAUUUGUAGCUUUGAACGCAACUCCAAACGCUCUUACAACCAAAGAAAUUGAGAGAGCUUCAGCGGAUGAUGAGGAGAUUUCUGAGAUUAGAGAGUGUAUUUUGUAUAAUCAGUGGCAUAAACUGUCAAAUAAGAAAUUGUUAGCUAUCAAGGAUGAACUUACAUGUAUAUGUAAUCCAGAAAAGCCUGAGCCAAUAAAACCAACAGAUAUUCCAACUGCACCUUGGCAACAUAUUUCUGCAGACCUGAUGUUGUUGCCAACAGGAGAUUACUUGUUUGUAGUUGUGGACUAUUAUAGUCGUUACUUUGAAGUAGAUACGCUUAGGUUGACAACAGCAGAUAAAAUUGUGAAAAGUCUAAGAAAAAUGUUUCUAACACAUGGACUACCAAUAAGCAAUAAGACAGAUAAUGGACCACAAUUUAUCAGUGCAGUAUUUAAAGAGUAUUUAGAGAGUCAGGGCAUAAGCCAUAGAAGAGUGACACCUCUCUGGCCCCAAGCAAACGGUGAAGUGGAAAGACAAAAUCGCACACUUCUCAAACGAGUAAGAAUUGCGCAAGCUGAAAAACGCAACUGGCGAGCGGAAAUUGAUAAAUUCUUGAUAAUGUAUCGCACAACACCUCACAGCGUAACAGGUGUAAGCCCCGCAGAACUGAUGUUUAAGCGGAAACUUCGAACCAAAAUUCCCGGAAUCCAAGAUCACGUUGGAGAAGAGGAUUUGGAAGUGAGCGAUCGAGAUCGCGAAGUUAAAGGUAAAAUGAAGAUGUACGCAGACGUGAAAAGAAACGCACGUGAGUGUAAUAUUGUACCAGGAGACAUGGUAUUGUUGAAACGAGACCGAAAAGAUAAAUUGACCCCUACAUUUCACAGCGAACCAUUUAGAGUUGUGGAAAGAACGGGAAACGCGGUUACUGUAUCGCCGUAA